AAAUGCUCUGCAUGCCAGGGCAGGCAUAACACGCUUCUGCACAUGGUGCAAACUAAACUGACCGAGGCCAGCAAUGCUGCUGCUACAAUGCCUACUAACACCGAUAAUAGUGCUGUGGUGAUGUCGAGCACCUCCCAAGCGAGAGGCGUGGUGCUGCCUACUGCAGUGGUACGUCUAAUCGACAAAAAUGGGAAAUUUAUUCAUGCACGAGCUUUAUUAGAUACAGGCAGUCAAGUGUCUUUUGUCUCUGAAAAGUUAGCCAGUAAAAUUGACUGUAAUAUAUCCCCAACUAACCAGAUUAUUACUGGGGUCAUUCAAGGCACUAACAUCAUGCAUAAAAAAGCAGAUAUUUCUGUUUAUUCGUCUAUAAACGAUUUUAAAUUAAAUGUGUCAUGCCUUGUAACAAAAAACAUUACUUGUGAAUUGCCACAACAGAGUUUUGACAUAAAGGGAUUCAAUAUACCAUCUCAUGCCCGCCUUGCCGACAAAAGCUUCAAUAAAACUGGGGAGAUAUUGUUGCUUCUAGGAGCCGACGUAUUUUUCCAGGUUCUCCAACGCGAGUCGCUGCCGCUAACACCAACGGGGCCCUUCCUGGUUAACACGAGCUUCGGUUAUGUUGUCGCAGGCAGCCUGCCUGUGUCUGCAGGCCAGGUAUCCUCGUCAAACUUUUGUGUAACAGUUCAAGACUUAAGGCCGAAUCUUCCAGUCAACUCAUGGGAUCUCUACCGCUUGAUCGUGUUAACGUUACUCGUCCAUUCCAAAUUGUAAGCACCGAUUAUGCCGGGCCUUUCAAUGUAAAGCAAACUAGAAUAAGAAAUCCUGUCAUAACAAAAGCCUAUGUAGUGAUUUUUAUAUGCUUUAUUACAAAAGCUAUUCACAUUGAAUUAGCGUCGGAUAUGACAACUAAUACAUUUUUGUCAUGUUUUAAAAGAUUUAUAAGUCGUAGAAAUAAGCCUACGAAAGUAUAUUGUGACAAUGGAAGUUACUACAAAGGUGCAGAUAAUGUACUAAGGGAAUUGUAUAAUCUACUGAAUUCCACAGGACACC